AUGGCUUGGCUCGGUCUGCUCGGCAAGCGUCGUCGUGGCGCCGACGACGAGGGCGAGGGCGAUGGCUGUCUCCCGCCCAACCUUCGCGCGCAGAAGCACCUCAACUCUUCUCGACAGGAUCCAGAGCUCAUGGUCCGUUGUUUCUGCCCUGCGUGAGGCUCAGAGCUCAGUAUGAAGACUGAUCUCUUUCCAGGCACGCGUGAACCACGACACCCGUUACGCCAGUGGCGGCGGCAACAUCCUGCAGUUGCCCAACUGCGUGCUUCGGCACAUCUUCCAUGAAGUCCUGGUUCUCAAUCGAGAUAUCAAAGUCACUACGGACGGGAUGGACUUGAGCAGUAGCGUUGUCGAUGAGAACGGCCGUCAGAUUCUCAAGCCGAAGCACGAAAUCGCCCUCCUUCGUACCUGCCAGCAGAUCCGCCAACUCGCCGUCCCAAUCUUCUACUUCGCGAACAGCUUCACACUGCACAUCACCGACUUCAACGCCGCUGCCAUACAGAACUGGUGGUCUCGCACUCGUAGCUUUCACGCCGACGCCGAAAGGCUGCCACUGAACAUCAUCGCCGUUCCUGAGACCUUCGAAUGCGAGGACUGGAUUGGCUGGUUUCAAACCGCCACCGAAAUUCACGAAACGCUCACAGAGGCGUAUCCAUCGAAAGACGAACGCGAGCUCUGGAUGGGACUCAAGCGCGCUGCUGCGUUCGAUGUCUCGCCCAUCUUGCCUGGUUUCAUCCACUUCGAGCUCUCCAACGCGGUGCCCCACUGGGACAACCUGAAGGAGUGGAUCCGUCUUUGGCAUAGUGGGCUUCUUCCAGGGUACUCUGGCAGCUUUCUCCCGCCGUCACUCACCGACAAGCACUUGAGGGCAGUCUACCAUGUCUUCAACACACUUGAAGGCCAGAAAGAUGAGCCCUGGCCCACGAUUGAGAAGCUUCUCCCAGGCAUUCGCGAUUACCUGAAGGAUAACGAUGACCGCUGGGAAGUGGUUGAUGGUUCUCCCCCUGACCAAAGCGGCGGUAACGAUGAGCGCCGAGUUGCACCUGGCUGUGCGCGACCGAUCGUGGAGGGUAGUCCGAGGAGCGAGGCAGCAGAUGAAGAGAUGGGAGACGACAACGCAGGAGAUGAAUUCGGACACCACAAUGCGGCUGAGGCGCUCCCAUCCCCGCGAGAUGCCGAUGCCGACGAUGACGACGACGACAGUCUUCCCGACGCAGUGUCCGCACGCGCUCCGCCCCAAAGUAUGGAAUACCCUGUCGCUGGCAGCAGUCUCACCAAGGGUCGCGCACACGUUCCGCAAGCACGUCGUCACCACGUCAAAGGCCAGAGCCGCCAUGGUCCUCCCGUAUCUUCGCGUCGCACACCGAUUGCGCUCGGAGACUCCGAUGAGGAUUUUGAGUAA